AAAAGUAAGAGACAUAAACGUUGCCAGCAUAGCAUCCGAGGAUGGGUAACGUAGGAUAUGUGAACCGGUGUAAAUAAGCCUCGCGCGGGGGAGAACAGGCACAAAGCGGAGCGGUCCCCGCAUGCCAGGCUCUCCGGCGGCCGGGGUCGCGCAGCAAGCUCCGCCGGCCCCGCAGCCCCGCCGCCGGCUGCCGGUGCCGCCGUCGGCGGUGGCAGGCUAGGCGGCGGCGUGCCCCGCGCCGCUCCGCGCCGCCGUCGGGGGCCGUCACCCCGGGCCGACCCCGCGGAGCCGCCGCCAUCCCCCGCGCCGCCAGCGGGUGGCGCUGGAGGCCGGCGGACGGGCGGGCGGCGGCGGCGGCGGCGCGCGGCGGCGGCGCGCCCCGGGCCGCCCGCGCCCUCCCAGCUCCCCCACCAGUGCACGAGUUUACCUCUAGAGGUCAUCAGGCAGGAUUUACGACUGGACAACAAAAGCACGUGAUGUGAAGCCGUACCCCAUAUUUGGGUGCCUACGUAGGAGGGAACCAAGUACAUGUCCCAGUCAUUUCCAUAAUUCAUCAUAAAUUGUGCAAGGGUGCUAUAGACGCACAAAACGACCAAGAGCCACAAAUCAAGCACACAUAUCAAAAAACAAAUGAGCUCUUAUUUUGUAAACUCAUUUUGCGGUCGCUAUCCAAAUGGCCCGGACUACCAGUUACAUAAUUAUGGAGAUCACAGCUCGGUGAGCGAGCAAUACAGGGACUCCGCCAGCAUGCACUCCGGCAGGUACGGAUACGGCUACAAUGGCAUGGACCUCAGCGUCGGGCGCUCUGCUUCCACCCACUUUGGUGCCAAUGAGAGACCCCGCAGUUACCCGGCCAACACCACCUCUGCCUCGACAGAGCCCAGGUACAACCAGCCCGCGACGUCUUCCCACUCGCCUCCCCCUGACCCUCUGCCCUGCACCGCCGUGGCCGGUUCGCCUGUCAGCGAGAGUCACCACGGGGUGAAAAACUCCCUCGCCAACUCCACCAGCACUUCGUCCAAUUCCAGCAGCAACACGCACAUCAGCAGAGACGGGGUUGGCACCUCGUCUGGGACUGAGGAAGACACUCCAGCAAGCAGCGAGCAGGCAAGUGCCCCGACCGACCAAAGCACAGCCCAGCCUUCACAGCCCCAGAUCUACCCCUGGAUGCGAAAACUGCACAUAAGUCAUGACAACAUAGGGGGACCAGAAGGGAAAAGGGCUCGGACUGCUUACACCCGCUAUCAGACCUUGGAGCUGGAAAAGGAAUUUCACUUCAAUAGAUACCUGACCCGCAGAAGAAGGAUUGAAAUAGCACAUGCUCUUUGCCUCUCAGAGAGACAAAUAAAGAUCUGGUUCCAAAACAGGAGAAUGAAAUGGAAAAAGGAUAAUAAGCUGAAAAGUAUGAGCAUGGCAGCUGCAGGAGGGGCAUUCCGUCCCUAAGCGUUUGAUCAAUUAAAAGUACUGAGCAGUAUUAGCUGACCCUGCGUCUCAUGUCAGUACUAAGUUGACUUUCUAAAACUUCCUUGUGUUACUUCUGUGAAGAAACCCUGUUCUUGUCGCCCUUAUUCAUCUUUUAAUCAUGAGCCUGUUUAUUACCAUUCUCUCGCGUGUAUAAGUAGAUCUGCUUUUAUCGUACAUUUCUUUGUCUUGAAUGGCUUUGUCUUGAAAAAAAUAAUAGAUGUUUUAACUUAUUUAUAUGAAGCGAGCUGUGUUACUUGAAGUAACUGUUAAAA